AUGGAUCCACAGUCACACUUAUUCUUCUGCUUGCUUUGUCUUCAAGUUGGCUUCACACCUGUAUUUACCUCCUGGAGUGCAGAAGUUGAGCCCAAAAUGGAUGCACUAGUCAAAUCUUGCGUUGUGUUGCCCUGCCACUUUAAUUACCCUGACCCCAAACUUCCUGACUCUCGAAUAAGGGGAAUCUGGCACAAAAAAGAUAAGACAUGGACUGUCAUCUAUCAUCAAGAUCAUACACAAAUUGUGGACAGCUUCAAAGGCCGCACAAAACUCAUUGGUCAUCUGGGGGAGAAAAACUGCUCAUUAGAGAUAAAUGAUGUCCAAAAUCACGACAGCAGCCCAUUCUGUUUUAGGGCUGAAAUACCUGACUUAGAUAAAUACUCUUUUGUGGACAGCUGCACAAGUCUUAACAUAAAGCCGAAUGCAGAAAAACCUGAAAUGUUUCAUGAAGAAUCCUUUGAGGAGGGAACAAUCGUCUUUUCUAAGUGCUUUGUUCGACACACCUGCCCCUCUCACCAUCCUGUUCUCACCUGGAACCGACGUGGUUCUAAAAUUCAUGAGUCUCAUAAGAACAAUGGGCAUGGAGUUUGGGAGGUGGAGUCUGUGAUCACUUUUACCUCUGCGGAGGAGGAUGAUCACACAGACAUCACCUGCACUGCUACUUUUCAAGGUGGAAUGGAAACAGAAACCACUCGCAAGAUCUUCAUAAAACGUGGGACAAAAAUCCAUCAUAUUGUUAUUCCUGUGGCUGCUGUUUUGGGAACUGCUAUUUUAUUUGGAGGCGUGUGUUUCUACAUGACUAAGAGAUAUAGGCGACAGAUUGAAGAGCUGCAGUCUAGAGACGGAGUAUGGAGCCGUCUCUCUCGGAUGUCACGCAGGUUCAGGUCAGUGGAAUAGAAGAGGACUACAACAUGGUCUGGUCUAUACAUAACUA